AACAAUUUUUACCUUCUUCUCUUCUCCUCCUCCUCCACCUCCUCCCUCUUUAUGCUAACACCUCAACUUUAAAACUCGGACAACUCAAUAUGCAGGUCACGUACGCCACGCCAACGUUUCCCAAAGCAUAAAAUCCAUCCAAUAAUACGUAUUACAAUGUUCCUUUUCACCAUCCGAUAUAACAGUUUAAACGUUUUAAAAAAGAUUUGAGUACUUAUGCGGGUUUUAACAAUAUACCGUUUAAAUCGCUAUAAAGGUUACUUAUCCCCAACGUCAUCGUCUGACUCGACACCGACUCUUUUACAUCCGAUCCACCUCAAAAAAGACCUAACCAUCCGCGGGAACGCUACUUGAAAGGAUGCAGGCCACCCCUGAAGAUGCAUUUUUGUAUAUAUCGCCAAUUGGAUAUAGAAGUUCAUCUAGCUGUGGCUACUGCCGCGGUAAGGGUUCUAGUCAAUCGCGGAAAAGCCACUCCUACUUUGCACGUGCGACAUCUAUGAGCCCAGCCAGCUAUCAGAUACUGGUCGACCGGUGUUGGAGGCGAUCCGGGAUGCUCCUCUACAGGCCAAAUCAGCGGGAUUCUUGCUGCCCGCAUUAUUCUAUUCGCCUCGACUCCGGCCGUUUUCGGCCAACGAGAGACCAACGGCAAGCUGUCAACCGCUUUAACAAGUACGUCAUAGGAGAUGCCUACUCGAAGGAGGCAGCUCGUUUAUAUCCGAGGUCUCGCGAGCAAGCUCGGAAGCGAGAUACCGAAUUUGACUUGGUAGAGAGGAUCCACGAAUGUGAGAGCGUAUUACUGAAACGGCCACCGGAGCCGGCUCAUGCCUUGGUCGUUACGCUAGAGCCUGAUGAUUUUACCGAAGAGAAAUUCCAAGUUUAUGAAAAUUACCAGCGGAUCAUUCACCAAGAAUCUCCGUCAUCUAUCACCCGAGAUGGGUUUAAGAGAUUUCUCUGUUCUUCUCCAUUAAGGCGGGGGAAGUAUAUAGCGCCAGAUGGGCGGGAACGCCAAGUUGGCUCAUUCCAUCAGUGCUACUGGCUCGACGGUAAGUUAGUAGCCAUUGGAGUCUUAGACCUUCUUCCAGACUGUGUUAGCGGUGUCUACUUUUUAUAUCAUGAAUCCAUUCACAGGUUUAGUCCUGGAAAGCUAGGGGCUCUGCGUGAGAUUGCACUUGCAAUAGAAGAAGGUUACCGAUGGUGGUAUUCUGGCUUUUAUAUCCACACGUGCCCGAAAAUGAGAUAUAAGAUGGACUUCUUACCGCAGCAAGUCCUCAAUCCAAACACCUUAGAAUGGGUAGACCUCGAACAGAGCGUCCUCGAAAAGUUUGACAGCUUCGGAUACUUGGACUUCGAAAGAACCGAGAAAGGCACUGAAAAAGAUGCCCCGGCGGAAAAGGUAGCUGUGCCAAUGGAAGUUGAAGAUGAGCACCAAAUUAUGGACGAGGACGGGGACGGGGACGAGGACGAGGAGGAUGAUGAUGACGAAGACGAAGAAAGGUCGCUCUUCAGCAGUGACAUGCCAGGUAUCCCGUCUAUAGAUGAAAUGGAAUCGAUAGACUUAGAUCACAUCGCAGUACGUCUCAGCCGAGGAUACUGCUAUGCCGGUGAUCUAUUUGAAUGGCAUAACGAAAGUAUCAGCAAACCGGAAUCGGCGAAAGCAAUGGUUGCAGAAUUGGUGGCAGCGGUUGGGCCGGAAUACAUACACGACAUAUGCCUGGACUUUCGAAAGUCUUGAAUAUUCCAGGGCCGUCAUCUUACGUUGCUAUCGAACUCGCCUAAGAAAUAUGUGGCUUGCGACGGAAAUGAUACUUCGAGAAUGAGGUAUAGCAUCACAACUUUAUAUUAGACGGAUUCAUACGAACAUGCUUCGUAGCUUAGGUUCAAUCUACAGCUAUGGUGACAUAACGAGUCCACUUACAUUGACUUUGGUAAAAAUAAAUUAAUUAGAACAGGUAAUCGAUUUUAUACUUCAAAGACCAACUUGCAAUAGACAUCUUACAUUAACGGUACCACGCCGACGUUGACUUCCACAAAUCUAAGCUAACAAAUGAAGUCUUUAGUCCCAACACUUCUUUCGCGUUGGGGAUUUAGGCAAUAAAACCAGCCUUCAUCUCAGACCAAACUCGGGCUUGGAUUUUCCUACCAGCUUCUCCUGCCAACAGUAUAUCUGCUUUCCUAAGACGCGGGUUUGCCAUACUUGACUUCUAAUACUUAUCCUACCUGUAACAUGAGGAGCUCGCAUACAAGAGUAGUACUUCUCAAUUGCAUAAUCGCACCGCUCGGAUAAUGCACUAUCGAUAAAUACUCCUUACUAGCUUCUUCAAAGCCUCGCCGAUCCUAAAGGCGAACACCCAAAGAUGGAUAAAUCUCAAGCCCCACCACUAAGUAGCUCCAGCCAAUAAUCUCUACUCCC